CAGCGCAGGCGCAUGCUUCGUUAAGUUUGAGGGAAAAUUUUUGGAGAGAAGAGAGAAAAACAAGAGGCAAUAAAUGUGCGAAAAUUUGUGAAAAGCAGUGAAAAUACUUAAGUCUUGUUUGUUUAUUUGAUGGAUUCAGACUCGGACAUUGGUUUUGUGGAUAAAGAUAGUGGAAUUGUAUCAAUGAGCGGCAGCAAAGAUGAAACACCGGAACGUCAAAAAAAUGAACCCUCGAAUGCCAUAACAAAUACGGAUGGAGAUGGUGCUGGAGAGAAUUUUGACGAUGAGCCUGAUGAGACCUUGGGGGAACGACUGUGGGGUCUGACGGAGAUGUUUCCCGAGCCGGUGCGCAAUGUUUGCUCAACGGUGACGGAUUUGUCCAGUCGCAGUGUUAAAUCUUUGUUUAAGUUGACCUGCAAUGCCUCGUGGAUCUUCUUCACCAGCUCCAUCCUCCUCUUUGCACCAGUCUUCAUCGAGGUGGAACGUGCCCAGUUGCAGGAGGCACAACGCAAUCAGCAGAAACAAGCUCUGCUGGGACCCAGUUCAGCCCUGGCAGCAACUCCCGGAGGAAUGCCAGCCUUGCCACCCAUGGCGCGAUAAUCCCUGGUGUCCAUGAGGUAAAAAAAACCCACGAAACGAGAUUGUGCACUACAGAAAAAGCUAUCAUCUGGUCAUUUGGCCACAGAAAAAAUUUAUAGUCUAGCGAUAAUCCUUGAAAAUCCCAAGGAUUUAUCUAAAAAAAAAAACUAAAUUACAGAGAUACCGGUUAGCAUUUAGAAA